AUUUGCUCUUGAGAUGAUGGUGACCUAAUCUUACAGUAAGUCAGUUUAGGGUCUGACCUGUCUCCUCCCUGCUGUCUUCUGGGGAGUCACAAACAAGCUGCAGUUGCUAUGAGAAGAUGACAACAUGGCAACACAGCCAUGUUUGCAAGAGUGUGGGACUCCAACACCACCACAUUCAAGCAGCUCAGGACUUCAGAAAGUGAGCUGACAAGAGAUCCCUUUGGACUUCUCCAGCCCACCAGAGAAGGGGAGGGGACAUUCACUCUGAAGAUUUAAAAAGGUGCCCCCAAACCUUUAGGAGGUCUUGUGACACAUUAUUCCAAGAAACGAAGACUGAAGAUUUGCUACUUCAAUAGGUAUGAAGGGACUGCGUAAACUGACAGCAGCUGCAGUGGCACUGUUCCUUACAGUGUCCUUCCUAUCUUUCUCCUGGAGUGCUCCUCAGGCUCAUUUCCAAAGGAGAAACUGGACUCCUCAGGCUAUGCUCUAUUUGAAGGGUGCACAGGGACGCCGAUUCAUCUCAGAUGAGAGCCAGCGAAAGGAUCUGUAUGGCAGAAUGCAGCUUGAAACACGCAGCCAAAACACAAAUCCUUUAUCUCUUUCUGAAGCUGCAGCAUUGUUCCUUAGUUCGUUAUGGAAAGCCCAAGAAGUGGAAGAAGAAAACAGUGAUCACCCUGGCUACCUGAUGGAUAAUCUAUCAAACUGGUGAAAUAUUUGAAAUUUCUUUAACAUUUGUAUUCCAUCUACCCUGAAACCAUGAUCUAUGUAAACAGUGUUUAAUCUCCACUUAAGUGCCAAAAAGUUGACAUAUAUAUUCAUUGCAACAUUUUGAAUUUCAAACUGAUUAAAAUUUACCAGUUCAGCCAAAGAAAUUAUUUGUAAAGUUCCUGUCUUGUUUAGGUAAUUUUGUAUGUCUCAUACAAAAUUUAAAAUCCACUGUACCAUCUUAGCUGAAAGGAUGAAUGAAUCGUCCUUUUGGGCAAUUACUUCAUUCAUAUAAGUUUUUCAAUAAUUAUAGAAAAACCUUUUACCACCUUCCACCCAACUGUAUAUUAAAGUCUUUCUAUUGUUGGUAAAGGUAGAUUCCUUUACCACUUCACUGCUGGCCCUACUAGUCAACACAGAAUCAGGGCAUCAAGUAAUGACCAUGGCAUACAGAUACUUCUGUUGUCAGGAGGCAUGGUUCUGCUGGAGCUAGUGGGGGCACACUAGUUACAAAUCUAGUGUCAAACAUGAUAACUGGCACAUAGAUUAUUAAUUGCAUCAUCAUUGUACCAUUUUGUCAGCCUGUUUUUUAAGCUUUGAAACUGAAAUCAUGCAUAAACUGGUUAAUUACCAUUCCAUGCUGAUAAGGAAGUAUGGGACAUUAUUUACAUAGCACUGAGGUCUUACUGGGAAGCCCUCUGCAGUUCUCAUGUAAUUGAAAAGUCACUACAUGAUCCCUGCGUCCAAGCAGUUGCGUUUUAUUUUGUCAGCACACAUUAACUAUGAGGUUGUUUCUCCUCAACACAAAGAAAUGCAUCUGAAGGAAUGGAGGAAUUAAUUUCUAUCACAGGACCAUAGGCAUUUUCAGUAGUUGUUUAUAGUUAAUAUCACCUCAAAUUCCCUUUCAUCACAAUUGCUUUAACAUGAUCAUUUACAAGACGUAUCUAGUGAUCACAUCUUCCAGCAUUGCAGUGAAGCUGGGCAUGGAAUAAUGAUAAAUAGAUGUUUACUAGCUUGUUACUACUAGAACAUUUUUAGGUAAUGAAAUGCUGGAUCAUCCUCAGAUCAUGUUAAAGCAAUUGUGAUGAAAGGGAAUUUGAGGUGAGAUGAGAUUUCUUCAGUAAAACAAUGCACUGAAAUGCAAGCAAAAAUGCCA